AUGCGUCGCAUGAGAAGGUUCAUCGCUGAGCCGAAGAACUUACCUCUCUCUUGCGAUGUCUGCACUAUGAUGGUAGAUGUGAUAAAUUUACUGAUUUCGCAGAAUAAAACCGAUGUGGAGAUCGAGAACUUCCUGACAGAAAUGUGCGACACUUUCAACAUUGAGCAACCUCAUGUUUGUAAACACAUCAUUCAGGCGUUUGCGUAUGAGAUUAUAUUCGUGUUGGAAAAAGCUCUAUUCACCCCAAACGAAUUCUGUGGAGCAUUCAUCAAAAACUGUGGCUUAUCCGAAUUUCCAUUCCAUGUCAUGUGGAACAUUUCCAUACCGGGCAACAAACCACCAGUGAAGCCAUGGCCGACAAUUCCUGACAACAAGCCUACCUACAGGGUUCUACAUCUGUCAGACAUACACAUCGACCGACAGUAUGCUGUCGGUUCUGAAGCUUACUGUCAACUGGACGAUGCAUUAGGCACAUAUGCCUUGUGUUGCAGAGAUUAUGCUGAUGACGCUUCAGCUUCCCGAACAAAGAAAAAAUUAUGUAACCUCCCCAGGCCAGAGCCUAUCUAUGUCCCUUCUGGGCCGUGGGGAAUGCCUUACUCGUGCGAUCUACCGUACCAAACAUUUGACGCCGCUCUCAGUCACAUAAGCAAAGCGCACAAAGACUUGGACUACAUAAUGAUAACUGGAGACUUUGAAGCACAUGAUUCUUGGGAUUAUACACAAGACUUGACACGAUCUAAUAUCCGCAAUUUGACGGCUCUGCUGCUGAAGUACUUUCCAAAAACUCCUGUCUACGUAUCCAUAGGAAAUCAUGAAGGAGUGCCACAAGAUGCAAUGGCACCACAUACAAUGCCGGAAUACGAUCAACGAGGACCACAAUGGUUAUACAGCCUCAUGAAAGAGAUGUGGUCCAAUUGGUUACCUCAAUCCUCUUUGGCUGAUGUCCAAUAUCGGGCCAGCUACGCCGUGUACCCCAAACCAGGCUUGAAAUUGAUCUCUAUCAACACGGUCUACUGUUCAGAAUUCAAUUUUUACCUCUAUAUUAAUCAAGUAGAUCCCGAUGCUACACUGGAGUGGCUGAUAGAUGAGCUCGUCGAUUCAGAAGCUAAGGGAGAUAAGGUGCACAUUAUCUCUCAUAUACCUCCUGGUGAUGAUUACUGUCUAAAAGGAUGGUCAUACAACUUCUUCGAGAUAGUGAAAAGGUUCGAAAAUACAAUCGCUCAGCAAUUUUAUGGACAUACUCACAAUGAUCACUUUCAGGUGAGUCCAUUGAGGGCAUGUCCUUUUUUCGAGGGG